ACAUUCGCAAACAAAGUCAUAGCUUAAAUAAAUUAAAAAGGAGAAAUAUAAGCAACAAUAAACAUCUUUCGAGGAGAGAUAGAGAGAGCGGCGGAGAGGUAAGAGAAGCAAGGGUUUUGUGUUUAUGAAUAUGGAGUCGAGUGAGGACGUGGAGGUUCUGAGCAGAGCCAUCGAAAAACUUCUUGAUGAGAAGAGGAAGAGAGAAGCUGCUGGUGACUCCUUCAUCGAAGACGACGACGACCAGCUUCUCCUCACUAAGCUUAUAUCCCAGUUGGAAUCACCGAACCCAAUCCAAAAGACAGUUGUGACUGCCAAAGAUGAAGAAGGAGAACCAUCGCCAGUUUCUUCACCUUCCAAAGGAAAACAAGAGGACAAGAGACGAUUGGAAGAGAUAGCUAAAGACAUCAAGGAAGUGAAGAGGCAGAACAAAGUAACCCACAUACUGCUCUCGGCUUUGAUCAUCCUGACACUGACGUGGCAGCUCUCUGAGUACUCAAUGAUUUACAUGAUGAAAGAGAGAUUAACCCACCCAAUCAGAUCCAUCGGAGGUAUGUUUUCAGGGGUGUUCAAAGGUAAGUUACUUCCAAUCAAGAACAGACUUCAAGGGACUUCCAACGACAAGGAGGAAAACAACCUUCACAAUGGGAGUGGAACAAACAAUGGAGUUCAUAUCCAAGUGCCCGAUCUGUUGCGAGAAUUCGGUUUCGACGAUGAUGAAGAAUGAUAUCUUUCUUCUGCAACUUGUUUAUGUCAUACAAUUACUAUCUGGAGACAGGGUCAAAAAUACUCAUUAUCUCUUUACUUUCAGUUUUAGGCAAAAUGUAAAAAUGUAGUUGUUUCAGCAAACUUUUCAAUAUGAAAAAGGGUUCCAACA